AAAUUAUGUAUUAACCAAAUAUCAAUUAGAAGACUAUUUAUAAUGUUUCUAUAUUCUGCAUUUUUGUACUUGGACUGCGAGUGCCGCUGUUGAUCAACGAGGUGAUUUUCAUGAAGCAGAAAUGCAGCAGCACCUCCCCUGCCACAGCUUCAGUAUCACACAGACAGAAGGGCCUCGCCAUACACAAAGACGGAAUACAAAGACAUGCACUGGAUAUAAAAAUUAGGAACAAUUUGCAUAGAUAUUUGGAUACACAGUAUGUUUGUGUUUUCUUCGACAUGCUAUAAUCGAUUUCCAACAGCACCUAACGCCACUGAUCAUCUUUAAUGAAGGAACUCGCUUCGUUUUUCUAACAUCCUUUGGAAUAAAAUGCUACCCUGGACAUUCAUUACGCAGGUACCGAUCUUAUUUGUUUUUACAGCGUACUUAUUUCUAGUUACUGCAGAGGUCCGUUAUUCUAUUCCAGAGGAACAGGCGAGAGGUGCUUUCAUAGGUAAUAUUGCUAAAGAUUUGGGAUUAGAUCAUCAGAGACUGAAAACUGGCAAAGCUCAUAUAUAUACCGAUGGGGGCACCGAAUACGUAGAGCUAAAUGUAAAUAAAGGGAUUCUAGUUGUUAAAGACAGAAUCGACAGAGAGCACAUUUGCGGUAAAAUAGUCCCCUGUUUAUUGCGUUUUCAAAUUAUACUUGAAAAUCCCAUACAAUUUCAUAGAGUUACGAUUGAUAUCAUUGAUAUAAACGACAAUAAUCCGGUUUUUUCAAAAAAUAAUAUUCAGUUAGAAAUUAGUGAAUUCUCUCCUCCAGGAGCAAUGUUUUCUCUGCCGAAUGCUGUAGACAGUGACGUGGGUGUAAACAGCUUGAAAUCGUACACACUCACACCAAAUGAUCAUUUUAAAUUAAAGAUAGAGACGCAAUCUGAUGAAAGCACCUCUGUGAAUCUAUUGUUAGAAACGCCUUUGGAUAGAGAAACACAAGAAGAGCAUGUUCUGGUUUUAAAAGCGGUUGAUGGAGGUGAGCCUCAGCGGUCUGGAACAACAGAAAUUAGAAUUGUGGUUCUCGACGUCAAUGACAAUGCUCCUGUUUUUACUCAGCGGGUGUAUAAAGCUUCAGUCAGAGAGGAUUCGUUGACAGGUUCUGUUCUGACAAGCGUUAACGCAAAUGACGCCGACAAAGACACAAAUGGAAAUUUUAAGUAUUUUUUCGCCCACGUCCCAGAUAAUGCACAAGGUUUAUUUGAAAUUAAUCCAGAUUCAGGGGAGAUUACAGUCAUUGGCCAUAUAGAUUAUGAAAGUACUAAGGUGUAUGAAAUGACAGUGGAUGCCAAAGACAUUGGUGGUCUUGUAAGUUCUAGUAAGGUUAUAAUUGAAAUAACUGACGCAAAUGACAAUGCUCCUUUAAUUAAUCUCAUGUCAGUCUCAAGUCAGAUCUCUGAAGACUCUUUACCUGGGUCAGUGAUAGCAAUUUUUAACGUGCAAGAUAAAGAUUCUGGAAAAAAUGGAAAGGUUAAUUGUUUUGUUAUUAAUAAUAAUAAUAUUCCAUUUAAACUGACUUCGUCUUUAAAUGACUUUUAUACAUUACAAACGGAUGGCUUUUUAGAUCGCGAGAAUGUGCCGCAGUACAACAUUACUAUUGUAGUUAAAGACGAAGGAGAGCCUUCACUUUCAGCCACUCAGAUAAUCACACUGCAGGUUAGUGAUGUCAACGAUAAUGCUCCAAAAUUCGAAAAGGAGCAAUAUAAAACAUACAUCACGGAAAAUAACGCACCAGGGUCUUCGUUUUUCUCGGUUAGAGCAAAGGAUGACGACUCAGGCCUCAACAGUAGAAUUUCUUAUUUCAUUGCAGAAACAGGAAUUAAUAACAUCUCAGUUUCAUCAUUUGUGUCUAUUAAUUCAGACGAAGGUGUCCUCUAUGCUGUGCGUGCAUUCGAUUAUGAAGAACUGAAUCAUUUUCAAGUCUCUGUGACAGCUAAAGACAGAGGGUCUCCACCCCUCAGUUCUUCUGUAAUAAUAAAUGUUUAUGUUCAGGACCAAAACGACAAUCACCCAGAGAUUUUAUAUCCACUUUUGAAUAAAGGGUCACCGGUCGCUGAAUUCAUACCUCGUUCUGCAGAUAUUGGCUAUCUGGUUACUAAAGUUGUGGCUGUUGAUAAAGACUCUGGACAGAAUGCUUGGCUUUCUUACAAAAUCCUCAAAGCUACUGAUCAGACGCUUUUUGAGGUGGGCUUACAUAAUGGAGAAAUAAGAACUCUUAGACAAAUUACGGAAAAGGAUUCUACAAAGCAGAGGAUAAGUGUUCUAGUAGAGGACAGCGGGCAGCCUUCGCAUUCAGCGACAGUCAAUGUCAAUGUUGCAGUCACUGAUAACUUUGCACUGGCGAUUUCGGAAUUCAAUGAUUUUACACAAGAGAAAAACAGUAAUGGAGACAUUAAGUUUUAUUUAGUGCUCUCCUUGGUGAUCGUCUCUUUACUUUUUGUUAUUUUCCUUAUAGUUCUUAUAUUUUUAAAAUUUCACAAAUGGAGACAAUCGAAACUUUUCAAUGAAUGCCCUAAUGGGACUCUCCCUGUUAUUCCUUAUUACCCGCCCCGUUAUGCAGAAGUGGGGGCCACUGGGACUCUUUGUCACGUCUAUAAUUAUGAAGUCUGCCUCACAACGGAUUCAGGAAAAAGUGAAUUUAAAUAUAUAAAACCUGUGAUACAGAGUACAGUGGGAAUGGAUCCAAAUGAAACUGAAGCAAGGAGUCCCAUGUCGAAUGAUUUAAUUGCUGAAGAAGAUCUUAUGCAGGUAAAGCUGCAUGAUAUCACCUUUGUGUACAAAUUUUAUCUAAAUUAA